AUGAAUAGGAGUGCAGAUGGGACCUGUCUGAUUGCCAACCGUUCGGACAAUGGUAUUGACACUUUUGUCAUUCCAGUAGACCUCCUCGAAGAAGCCACUGAGCCACGAAUACUGUCACCAUAUUGCACCAUACAGUCGGCAGAGUCCGUCAAGGCUGUGGUCGGCUACCCAUUCUUCAACCUUCAGGACCCCUCCACUACACUGAUCCUAUCAUCCAUGAAAGAUCAUCCAAUUCGGCUGAACUCUGCUCUAACUGGCCAUCUGGGUGCAUCUUAUCCUCUUGUCAAUCCCAUGACUGAGGAGUUCAUCAGUCCCCAUGCCCUGAUCUUCAGCAGUCAAGGUGAUCGUAUCAUUGCCGGUUCAGAAUCCCUCAUCUCAAUAUUUGACGUAUCUCGACCGGGGCAGGAUCCAGUUUCUUCGAGAUCCACCGGCCCCAAAUGGAGGAAGGCGGUCGAAUACAGUGGUGCUGUCAAUAUGCGAGGGAUUGUGUCCGCGCUCGGCGUUGAGCCCACCAGUGGUCUUCUAGCAGCCGGCACUUACAGUCGCUAUGUGGGGCUGUACGAUUCCUUAGGCCAGGGCGACUGCGUUGGGGUCUUCUCUGUCAAAGGAACAGGUGCUGAUUUGCAGAUUGGUGGAGGAGGAAUCACGCAGGUCCUCUGGAGUCCCUGCGGGAGAUAUCUUUACAUUGCGGAGCGGAAAAGCAAUGGCGUCAUGCUCUAUGAUAUCCGCAAAACCGGCCAGCUGUUGGCAUGGCUGGAAGACCGAGCGGCGAUGACCAAUCAACGCCUGGCCAUUGAUCUUGUCAGCACUGGUGAUCAAGGAGGCAACGAAAUCUGGGCUGGUGGGCUUGACGGGUUUUUUAGAAUGUGGAAAGACCCUCAAGAAAAUGAAGGUCCUGUUGCACCUACUUUCGAGUUCAAAGGUCACGAUGACGCUGUCUCGAGUGCAGUCGUUCAUCAUGGUGGUGGUGUGCUUGCCACUUCAUCCGGUCAACGAUAUCUCGCAAUCGAAGAUGAAGAAGAGCGAGCGGAAAAGGUGAUGCCAGGGUACAAUCUGAAGAUCUGGGAAUUGUGA